ACCAUUUAGGGUUUCAUCUUAGAGAAACAAAAACAGGAAAAUAGAGCUGAAAGUGUAACUAAUUGGACAUGGAAAAACGUUAAGAAAAUUCAAUAUGCUAAUUAAAAUACAAAAAACCAAUAUGGGCUUAAAGGUGGGUAAGCAGUGAACAGCACAAGAAAAUCUAAUCAGUUCGGAAAAUCAGGACAAAAGCUCAGAGGUGAUUCUAUUCAGUCUUUUGUGUGUUUUGUCUGUCCUGGUUCCAUGACAAAAGAAUUUCAAAGGCUUUUUUCAAGCUAAAAUAAUUUCGACAGCUUUGUGAUGUGGCUGUAAUUUACUUUAUGUUCGCGUCAGGCUGUGACCUUUAAAUAUUGGCAAGCUUUUCCUGUGAAAGACCACAUUACAAAAUGAUUUAUGUUAGACAGUGAAGCAGCCUAGAAAUGAUGUACUGUAUAUUCUUUCAGAGUGAUGUGGAAAUGUUGUGAAUUAUCAUUCUUAAAGGAUGUUCACAACUAUCAUUGCAUUUGAUACUCAUAACGCCGGCACUAGCAUAUAAUAGAGUAUGCAUUUUUUUAAUUAAAAGGACACAUAAUAAAAGAGCUUGGGUCCCCUGAAAGGUGCUAUAAAAAUGAAAUCUAUUAUUAUUAUUAUUAUUAUUAUUUACAUUGUGGGUUUUUAGGUUUUGCCAUUUAUAACAUUGAUGGCUUCAACUUUACAUGUGUGAAUCAGAUUAAUAGCGUAUUGCUGCUUCAGAUAAUACCAGGGGAUUAAAGCACUGAUAUACAUCAUAUACAUCAGCUCACAAAAAUUGCAAGUUAUUAAUUGUAGAUCCAAUGUUUUAUUAGCUUUUAUUUGUUUGUGGAAUAUAGGAUUGAUGCAGUUUGGUUGUUUUAUGUCAUGUUCAAAACGUACCAAAGGAUGGUUCAGCAUUGGAACAUAGAUUUAUAAAUAGGAAAGUUUACAAGUCAUAAAAACAAAAUUGUAGAAGACAAGUUUAAAAGCAAAACCAAACAAGAAGACUACACUUUUGUAUGAAAUCGAAAAUUAAGGGGAAAUUAUUGGAAAUAAAUGUAAAGACAGCUUUACAAGUACAAGAGUGGGGACAAGAAUACAAAAUAUGACAUUAAUAUUCUAGAACCACAGUAACUUUAAAGGUAUUAGUUUUUAUUGAGCCUAUUGCGCCACCACGCGGUCAUUGUGUGCACAACCCGUUUUCACACUGCGCAUGCUCCACUUGUACAUCCGUCCGGUCCCUAUCAAUCGAUCAGAGAGAGUAAGAUGGCGCUGGAUGGACUGAGCGGAGCAUGAUCGAUCACCGAAAAACUCGAUUGGAUUUGUUUUGCCUAACUGAGUCAAACACUCUGUAUCGUCGUCCAAGCUGCAGUUUGGACCCGGAGUGAAGAACCGGCAACACAGAGACUCCUCCAUCAUCCUCAAGCAUCCUUCGGUACGAUGGAGUUUCCGUGGCACAGUGGGAAGGUCCUGGAGCAGCUGAACCGCCAACGCCGACAGGGCCUACUGUGUGACUGCACCUUUGUGGUGGACGGGGUGGACUUCAAGGCCCACAAAGCUGUGCUGGCAGCCUGCAGCGCUUACUUCCGCACGCUCUUCCUGGACCAGAAAGAUGUGGUGCAUCUGGACAUCAGCAAUGCAGCAGGUUUGGGUCAGGUCCUGGAAUUCAUGUACACAGCCAAGUUGAGUUUGAGUCCGCAGAACGUGGAAGACGUGUUGGCUGUUGCUAACUUUCUACAGAUGCAAGAAAUUGUGAAUGCGUGCUCUGCAUACCAGUCCAUGGCAACUACCGCUCCGUCCCUCAUAACUCUGGAUUUUGCCGUCGAAGAAAAGCAAAGUGAGGAGGAGCAGCGAGAGGAGCCGGAGAGUGAUCUGGCAGAAGCGGCAUCUCAAGCAGAGGAGAAUAGUAGCCCCCCCACAGAAGAUAUAAAAAUCACUGUAAAUGAGGAAAACUUAAAGGAAGACACUUCCCCUGUGAAACCACGCACAACAGUUACUGAGCCAGAGCCCGCCAAAACCAACCCCGGCCAAGGGCGACCCCCCAAACCCACCGCCCUGAGGUCUCCAAAGAAGGUUCAUGUGAAGAAAGAAGAGGAAGAAGGAGCGGCUCAACAGGCUUCUGGAUUCCAGGACGACCCCGCUGAUGCUGACUAUACACCCAAAUCACAGUUGAAAUCAGCUGGCAGCUCCUACAUGAGCUCUCGGGGGAGAAGAAUCAGAAAACCUCCUCGACGAAACUUCCCACCAGACAAUGACUCAGAGGAAGAAGACACCUCAAAGACAAAAACUGAGAAGAACGUUUCGGAGCCGGCAGAAGAAGCCGGAGAACAGGAGGAGGAUGAAAGUGGGGAGACCUGCGACGGAGAACCUAAUGACGAAGAGGAAUGUGGGGAGGAAGAUGAUGAUGAUGAUGAUGAUGAUGAUAUGGAAGACGAUAUGGAAGAAGGCGAUUCAGGCAGCGACAGAGAAGGCAGACAAACUCAGUCAGCGACGAUGAGCAGCCGGUCCGAGUCCAAGCCUUACAGCUCCGUGACACACGAAUGUGAGGACUGUGGGAAGAAGUUCACGCACACGGGUAACUUCAAGAGACACAUGCGCAUUCACACCGGAGAGAAGCCAUUCAGCUGUCGGGACUGCAACAAGGCUUUCUCCGACCCCGCAGCCUGUAAAGCUCAUGAGAAAACACACAGCCCUCUGAAGCCAUACUGCUGCACGACGUGUGGGAAGAGCUAUCGACAGAUCAGCCUGCUGAACCUGCACCGCAAGCGGCACACGGGCGAGGCACGCUACAGCUGUGACGUCUGCGGCAAGCUCUUCACCACGUCAGGAAACCUGAAGCGCCACCAGCUGGUGCACAGCGGAGAGAAGCCGUACCACUGCGACUUCUGUGAAAAGGCUUUCUCCGACCCCACCGCCAAGAUGCGACACCUGGAGACGCACGACACAGAGAAGGGCAACAGGUGCCCCUACUGCGACAAGCGCUUCAACCAGCCUGGAAACCUCAAGGCUCACUUAAAAAUCCAUAUAGCAGAUGGGCCUCUCAAGUGCAAGGAAUGCGGCAAACAGUUUACUACAUCAGGAAAUCUGAAGAGACACCUGCGGGUGCACAGUGGGGAGAAACCGUACAUCUGUAUGCACUGCCAGAGAGCGUUCAGUGACCCCGGAGCUCUGCAGCGGCAUGAACGCAUCCACACGGGAGAGAAGCCCUGUGUCUGUCCCAUCUGUGGAAAGGCCUUCACACAGGCCAGCUCGCUCAUCGCUCACGUCCGCCAGCACACCGGAGAGAAACCCUACGUGUGCGAUCGCUGCGGCAAAAGGUUUGUACAGUCCAGUCAACUGGCCAAUCACAUUCGGCAUCACGACAAUGUCCGGCCUCACAAGUGUCAGAUGUGUUCAAAGGCAUUUGUUAAUGUGGGAGACCUGUCCAAGCACAUUAUCAUCCACACAGGAGAGAAACCGUUCCUCUGUGAUAAAUGCGGUCGCGGCUUCAACCGGGUGGACAAUCUGCGCUCGCACGUCAAAACCGUUCACCAAGGCAAGGCCGGAAUGAAGCGGCUGGUGUUAGCCGGGGGCAGCGCAGACGAGGGUCUCGACGGGUGCGCUGGGGCUCCCACUUCUGACGGCGAGAUCAACAUAGUUACCGUCACUACGGAGGACAUCGUCACCCUGGCAGCCAGCGCCGUGGCUCAGCUGACAGUUGUUCCCGUGGCUACUUCAGUGUCUGCAGAUGAGACGGAGGCCUUAAAGGCUGAAAUCACAAAGGCAGUGGAGAAAGUACAAGAAGCAGACCCCAACACCCAGAUCUUGUACGCCUGUGAUUCAUGCGGUGAUAAAUUCAUGGACGCCAGCUCCCUCGCCCAGCACGUUCGCAUCCACACAGCGCAGGCCCUCGUCAUGUUUCAGGCAGAUUCCGACUUCUACCAAUACACCACAGCAACCACUGCAGAGGGGGAAUCUGUCACAACAUGGCAACCCACGGCGGAGCAAGUCAUUCAGGAAGGAGGAGAGCUGAUCUUCCGAACACGGGUUGGAGAGGGAGAGGGAGAGGCAGAGGGAGGGAUAGUGGGAGAGACACAAGAAGAAGAGACUGAAGGGGUGACUCACGAGGAGAGGAGGGAAGAGGAAGAGGAAAACCACACUGAGCUCCACACAGAAGGAAAAGAAGAAGCUGCAGCAGAAGAAGAGAAGGAAAAAGAACAGGAGAUGGAAUGUGAGAGUUAGGCAUCGGGGGAAGAUCUGUGAAGAAAGAAAUUUUGAAAUAUUAAAUAUUAAUGGAAAGAAAUGUAAUUAUUUAAUAGGAGAUGAGAAUAUAUGAAAGGAAGCUUGAGGAUUGCAAUUGUUACAAGUGAAUCUGAACUGGAUUUAUAACAUAGAAUAUAACCAUUUUUUGGGGUCAAAAGUGAUGUUAUUUUCUCCCUUAUUCCAGGAUUGUAUGUCUUGUAGUUUGUUUAUUUUUUGACUGAAAUGUAUGACUAUGAUAUGUCCUUUGUAUUUAGAAAUCACAAUCCUGUUUUACCUAUUUUCCCUUAAGAAAUGCCCUUGUCAUUAUUUUUCCAUUUCAUUCAGAUGAGGUAUGUACAUUUUUCUUAAAUAGUCAAACUAUUUUAUUGUACUUAGUUGUAAGUAUUUUCAUGAAAAUCUCUCUUUUCAGACAUUAUAUACAUAAACAGAGGGGCUGCUAAAAGAUGUAUUUGGGUGUUUAUUGCCCCCUCCUUUUUUAGGAAGUGGGAAGUGUGGUUUCAUGUCCUACCUAACAUUGUGCUUGUUUACUAUUGGUAUAUUUGUUUUAUCUUCUGAAAAAGUCUUAAUACCUCUGAUAAAACAUAAAAGGAACAUACGGGGGAUGACAACCUGGUUAACAGUUUUCCGUUUUAUUGUGAUAUCAAGACUUUCGGUUUGGUAUUGCCGUAAAAUAGUCACAUUGGUAUAAGACUGACAGCAAAGGUUUUAAGUUAUUAUUUGUUUUGUUUGUAUUAACACCUGCAAGAUUCGUAUUAGAUAUCAGUAACUUACACUCACUGAAAGUAAUCAUCCCAACAAUAAAAAGUCAUCACAGUCUCA